AGAUCAGCCGGACAGACGGAGCCUUCAUGAUACUGCCCACAUCGCGCGCGCAUUUCCUCAACCAAGUCGCCAAGAACGCGCAUAAAGGCGUAAAGGAAAUCCUUUUUUCUUGCCCUUCGUAAUAGCAUCAUCCAGUAAGAGAUAUGCCGCCGAGGACCGGACUUUUGCUGCUCGCCGUGCUCAUCGCCUCCGCGUACGAACUGGAUCAGAACGAAUCCUACUCGCCCAGGAGAGCACGCUUCUCCCACAACAGCCCCUCGGAUGUGGCGCGGUGCUUGAACAGUGCGCUCCAAGUGGGCUGCGGUGCCUUUGCCUGUCUCGAAAACUCAACGUGUGACACAGAUGGCAUGCACGACAUCUGCAAGUCCUUUCUCUACAGUGCUGCUAAAUUUGACACUCAGGGCAAGGCUUUUGUGAAAGAAAGCUUGAAGUGUAUUGCCAAUGGCAUCACUUCCAAGAUCUUUCUGACAGUGAGACGGUGCUCCACCUUCCAGAGGAUGAUUUCAGAAGUUCAAGAGGAGUGUUACAGCAAGUUGGACAUUUGUACAGUGGCCAAAUCAAACCCAGAGGCCAUUGCAGAGGUGGCUAAGCUGCCAAGCCACUUUCCCAACAGGUUUUAUGGGAAACUACUGCAGAGUUUGAUGGAGUGUGACGAUGAGACGGUGGACCUGGUGAGGGCAAAUCUGCUGACCCGAUUAGGGCCCGAGAUCACCAUUCUCUUCCAACUACUGCAGAACAAGCCGUGUCCGUCUGCUGCGGUACCUACUGGAAUGGAGACUCGUGGUGGGUGGCGGUGGUCCGUCAGUCCCAACGGAUACAAGAACCAGCCAAAUCUACGCAACAGAGAUGCCUCCAAUCUCUUUGGCAAGAAACGCAACAUCGGCGACAGCUCUUAACUUCAGAGCAGUUUGAACUUUGGCGUCAAGCACACAUACAUAAGCGCAAAUUGAAAGAAAAAAAAAAAGCAAAACAAAACAGUGGUUUAUUUUCUCAAGCUAUACAGGGACACAUUCCUUCUCAACUGGAAAAAAAAAAGGCAUGCACCAGUGCGAAAACAUCUCGAAUGUCAAAUUCUAUGUUUAUCACUUCAUAUUCAACGAAUUUAAUGCAUUAUCAGGGGAAGAAAUCGGCCUGAUUUCCAGACUGAAGGUCAUGGAGGAAUCCAAUCAGAGGCCAUAAUGUAGAGAGCUCUUAGAUAGACUUAUUUCCUUGAAAAUAUCUCUAGACAUGAAAGGUAAAUAUAUUUAAAACAAAAAAAAAAACAGCAAAUAGCCAUUUGUAUAUGAAAUAUAUCUUACAGAGAUUACAGCAAAGAAAAUGUAUGUGUAUAUAAACUGAACCUAGCGUUGAUGUGAAAUAGUCGGCAUGUGUUAUAGAGAAAAAAAAAACAGAUAAGAGUGUACUAUUUAUUUAUUAACAGAUAUUUUACUACUACUUUAGCUGUUUAUCUCAAAUUGCCACUAGCCUUUUUGUGAAACUCUCCCAUUUGGCGAGAGCUAUCUUUAAAAAUCUACGUGCAGGAAUUCAUCAGAUACCAAAAAACCGUCGAGUACAGCAACAGUAGAUGUCAGCCAUCCACACACUGGACGACCAAUCGUUGUUUAUGAGCACAGGAAGGGACGGAUGUCUUCUCUUCAGAUCCCUUCGGCUUUUUUUUUAUUUCCCCCCACUGUUAGAAAACAUUUUCUCUAGCCUCUUGGAUCGUCUCGCUCUCUCUCUCUCCCUCUACUUAUUAUCUCUUCAAGUAGCGCAGUACAAAUAAACUCCAAGAGGAAAUUCAAUUCGAAGCCCUGAGCGCAUUAUUAGCGCUACAUAUAAACAUCUUCUUUUGGCCAACUUAUUGGAUGAACAAAUGACUCCCUGGUGAAUAUGACAUACAGAAGUGAGUUCAGGCACGCUGUUCCUAGCGUUGCUGAGAAGAGAAAACACAAAUAUGUCUAUUUAAAAUGACUUAUUAAUAUUUAUUUUCUUACUAUAUUAUUUAAAUGUUUAUUUUAUUACAUUUCUGUGGGCGAUAUUAGUUCAUUCAGCAAGCAUCAGUUGCUUUUUUGAAUUACUUAAGCCUCCGUUUUUAUUUGAAACUUAUUUAAUCGUAUCGCUUUAUUCAGUAGUCAUUCUUAGUUGACUGUACAAGACCCAUGUAAUGACUCUGUGCUGGUCAUGGGGGAACACGCUGGUCAUUUGAGUCAGGCGAAUGUUAUAUGGGACCACUAUAAUGCAAACUUUGUCAAAAGUUUUAUCGAGCAUUGCCACAUGCUGUGUACACAUUCAGGUUCAAUCAGCUAUAUAGAGUUUAUCGCUAGCUUUAACAGAGUCAUCGUCAUAGCGCUUGAAGGUGAAGCGCACGGUUAACGCCAAGCGGUUAAUUUGGGGCAGUCACUGCAAAGUGUUUUCCGGAGCCAUUCUCGACACUAUGCAAUAUACAACGUUUCUGAAAGGCCUAUUUUAACCCAGGGUGAAUGGGGGAGGAUCUCUUAAUAAGUGCUUCUUGGGGAAGUUCAGAUUAGCGUUGGCAGGGAUUGGCUUGGGGAGGACUGAGAAGCAGGGCUAAAUCCAAUCAAACUACCACUAAACCACUUUUUGACUAGCCACGUCCACAAAUAAAGUGAUUUAACUAUUAAAACAACCAAUCUGCAUCCCUUGAUGUACGUUUAAAAGUGUUAAAGGAGUGGUCCAGAGUGUAUAAUUAAGACUUGGUUGUGUUUAUAAAAUGCAAAGUGAUGUGUGCUCAUGCUUCUUUUGUAAAAAAUAAUGUUUUUUUUUUUCAUAUAUUUUACAUUGAUUAUUUACAGCUACUCAGCUAACAUGAAAACGACGUAUAUAUAACGUCAUAUUUUCUAGGCCCGCCCUCAAAAGGUUCUGAUUGGUCAGCUUACAUAACGUGCUGUGAUUUGCAGAUCGGCUCCACGUCACCAGGAAAAGCGUCACGCCUAUACUAGCAUGCGCUGUGCCUCGGCUGUGUAAAUACUGUCAGUCAGAGUAGCUAUAAGCCAUAUCGGUUUGACAGAAAAUGAAGAGGACACAGCUGAACCUCAUGCCUGUUCUCUAAAAGAAAAUCUGACAAGCGUCUUUCACAUUUAUUCGGAAUAAGCUUGUGCAGGUAAUAUGAAACGUUCACAUAUCUUUUUUGCGAGUUUGUUGUUUGAGAUGUAGUACAGGGAAAGCGUCCGCAUAGAGAGACACUGCAGCGCUGCUGAAAAUUGUGGAUGUUUACAGCGGUUUGAUGGAUAAAUAUAAAUUUGUAGCUAAAAAUAGCAGUGCCAAACAGCAUUUCUCGUUGUUUACGUCUAUGUUUACGUUCUCGCUACACCAUACCUUUAAUACUAGAGACUGUGCAUGUAAUAGAUCAAUUUUAACAACUAAAAACACUUACAGGUUCUGGCUCACGGUCCACAGUUUCGUCUAGUAUGGUUGGAGCUGCUCCUUCUUUGAGGAGUUUAAAGCCCAACCCAGCAAUAACUGGGUUCUGUAAGCUAUCCUUUGUCAAAUUCUAGCUAUAUAUUUUUUUAUAUAAUUCUCUGGAACAUUAUUAAAAUUAAACUGUAAGCACUUAUCUUUUUGUGUCGUGUCCUUUGGAAGCCCAAAUACAUAAACAGAAAAAGCUCUGUGGAAAAGCAGCAUUUGGGCGCCAUUUUAGUUUUGUCUACUGUAACAUUACAGCGCCUCUGGCCAUGCCCCUUUGCUGCGCAGGGUGUAUGCGCGUAACCUGAAGCAUUUGUGAUCUUACUAACCCUGAUGUAUUUUUUUGUAGUCCCCAAACUUAGUUCCCUGUAGGCUUUGCUAAGCUAACACUGUAAAAGCCAAUGUCUCCCUUUGCAUUGAACUUUGAGCAUUACAUUCAGAGAUGUUGUUUAUGUUCACACAGCUACAUUACACAUCAACUAAAGUUUAAAAUAUGAUCGUAGUGGACCACCCCUUUAAACGAAUUGAAUAACAAUGGGCCUGUGGUGAUAAUCCAGCAGUUUGAUUGAAUUGGACCCAAAGAGUGACGAGAUGAGGGGCAGAAAGACUGUUUUUUCUUGAACCAAAUGAUCUGAAAAUCUAAAAGUAAUUCACCAAACUAUGCAAUAAUCGCUAGAAAGGUUUCAAACUAAAAACCCACACUACUGAGCCCUAUGCGGAAAUGGGGCUGUUUAAUUUCGGAGACCCAAGCAGUAGCUUUUUUGGGGGUAGGUAGGGGUCACGCUUUAUUAAGUUACAGUUCAAUUCUCGCUACAAACAAACAAUUGAGUUUUACUUCAAUAAACUCCUAAUUCUCUGUGCAACGGAGGCCAGCUAGUAAGUGCUGUGCAGGUAAACCUCACUCCUCUGACCUCUAAAGGUGCUCUAGCAACAGAUGCUAGAGGUCAUGGUCUUUAGCCUCCUUUUUAGAGCAACCGACUACCAUGCGGAAGGUCGCCGGUUCGAUACCAGCUCGGAGCGGGUUGGGUGGUGUAGGACCGGCAGGGUUACAGUGGUACCGUGCCCCGGAUGGGAGUGAGGUAUAGGGGGGGGUGUGUAACAGAGGCCAGCUAGUAAGUGCUGUGCAGGUAAACCUCUAAAGGUGCUCUAGCGACAGACGCUAGAGGCCAUGGUCUUUAGCCUCUUUGGUAGAGUACCUGACUCCCAUGCGGAAGGUCGCCGGUUCGAUACCAGUUUGGAGCGGGUUGGGUGGCGUAGGACCGGUGGGGUUACAUCUGCUUAUCAAUAAGUAAUAAGGUAGUAGUUGGGUAGGGUUAGGGAUGUAUAUUAAGAUCAUGCAGAAUAUGUACUUUAUAAGUACUAAUAAACAGUAAUAAUAUGCAUGCCCCUACUAAAGUGUCUCCCCUUUAUAUCUUAUUCACCCCUGAAAUCAGACCCCAGUAUCCCUUUAGCUUUCCCCGAUCUCUUUAUUUAUCUUACCUUAUAGUUUCUGGCCAAAAUUUAGUUCUCUGUUUGUGUAUGUGUGUAUUUAUAAUAAUAUAUGCACUUUCCGUCUCUUAGGACCACUAUAAAAGGGCAUUGAAGCAUAAUCAGCUCAGAAACACCAGAAUAGCUGCUGUAUGUGGUUGCAGGAGUGAGGAUGAUUUUGUUUUUGUUCGACAAAUAUGGUAUGAUAUGGCAAUCUGCUAAACACCAAGUAAGUACCUGUACCAAACGAAGCUGCUAAAACCGUUUUUCCCACCCCACUGUGUUAUGCUAAAGCUAUUAAAACCCCAUCGAUGCUGUCCAACAUUCAUGAAUCACAAUGAGCACUUUCAAACUAAAGAACCAGAAACUCGAUUAUGCAUUAUCAUUUUUCAACCGCAGUUCUGGUAUCUCAGCAACAAGGUGUCCGUGUAUCAUCUCCAGAGAAACAGCAGACAUUUCAUUUUGUGUUUUUUUUUUUACCUACUCUCAAGUAGCAUUCAAGGUUUUUUUUAGCUGAAGCUGUUCAGGAGGGUAAUAUCAGUGUGAAUGUGUGUUAUUUUGUUAAAUUAUUACAUUGCAUUUGUUAGACUGCUGUGGAAAUGUGGAAAUGUCCCCCUUUUUGUUCCCUUUUCAAGUAGCUCACCGUUGUGAUUCAGAGGAUUUUCACAAAUGUAAUGGAUUUUGUACACUUCAGAGAAUGUAUAUUUUAUCAAAUGUCUGUAUUUGGUGCAAAGAGGGCGCUGAAAGUUUCACGCAGCCCAUUUGGACUUGAACAGCAUUGUGUCCUUAUCGCGAUUUACGGAGGAUUAGCAUGAGCUUGAAGACUGACCCUUUCUUGUUGCCAAAUUUAAAGUUUAUAUAACCACUGCCUCAAGGAAACAUCUUGACUUCUACACUUUAAAAAAAGAAAAGUAGACUCAGCUUAAAAUUUGUAAGGCGACCAGGUUUUUUUGAGUUGACUCAACUUUUAACCCAAGUACAGUCAAUUCAUCAAUGAACAAAUCAACCCAGGCUCAUUCUGAUUAUGUACCCCAGUAUACAUUUCUAGCGAGCGCCAAAUACGUCCCAGGAGGAAUGCUUUUUUGCGGUUUUUGUUUUCGCGAAUCUAUCAGAGGCCGCUGUGCACGCUUUUUGAGAUCUUAAAUUUCUCUUGCGAGUGCAAUUCACGCCUGCUCUUCUUGCGUAAAUUCUCCAGAGGCCGCUGUCGACUGACUGACUGACACACCCUCCCCCUUCCCUAAACCCAGUGCUUAACUUGAGCCAGAUCUUAAGCACUGGUUUAGGGAAGUUGAGCCAGAUCCUGUUCCGGAAAAUGUCUGAUAUUCGAGUUUUGUGUUCUGGUAUUUAUUUUAUUGGAUUAACUUGUCCGUGUGUGUGUGUGUGUGUGAGAGAAAGAGAGAGAGAGGCAAAAUGUGAAUGAGCAAGCAAAGGCUGUGUAAAUUGUGUGUGCCACACAACUGAAAGUAGUCACUAUGCGCAAGUUAAAGCAAAAGUCACUAUAGGCCCUUAACAAUUUUUUCAGCCAAUUGAAUUGGCUUUCUUAUGUUUACAAUCACUCUCAUUGAUUGGUGAUUGUUUCACGCGCAGUGAGCAGCGAAAAUAAAUAAUGGCAUAGCGGCCUACUUAAAUAAUAUUAGAAUUUUCACGCAUAUUUUCUUUUUUUAAAAACUAUGAGUAAAUCUGAUAAUCAGCCUGAUCAAAAGAGAUCUUGAGAAGGUGAAACUGCGCAAAUGGAUCAGGAAAGCGAUCUUAAGUCCGCCAGAAAACGUGACCAAAGUGAGUCAUUUAAUUAUUUCUUCACAUAAUAGUGAACUGAAAAGUGAUUGUUCAUACGAUUUAUGUUUGUAGCUACAUGUUUUAUUAUCCAUGACUCACCUGUAACAUUUUAUGUCACAAAAAAAUUGAAGACCGGUCAGAAAUGUGAUGCUCUGUUUUGCGCGAUCACCGUUUAAUGACGUCACGUUUCUGGAAACCUGAAAUUGUGUGGUGGACGUCAGUCACUGUAACUUUUAUUUCCUUUAAUUAAUUAAUUUACAAAUUAAGCACUGCCUAAACCCAACCGAUAGUGUUUUAAAAAAGCACCGAAUGACCAGCACCCACCCACAAAAAAAGCAAUCCAGAAAAAGAAAAGCCCUGGCGGCACAUUCUCACCCUGUUCUUUACUUGUUUAUUUUAUUUUUUGGCUUUUGUUUUUGUCUUACCCACUUUCUGGAACCGUUCUUCGCCAGGCUCGAACCCUGUCGUCGUGGUCAAUUUCGCUCUGCAUCUCAAAUCCUACAACGUACGCGCCAAACCACUGGACAAACUGGUAACAGCAGAAAGUCGUCCAAAUGGAGGUAAUCAGUCAGCUGCUAGCACAAAAAGAAAUGGCAUCAUUCCGGCCCGUAGCGUUCGUCUUAAAGAUCAUACAUACCUCUGGCGCAUCCAACACCCAAUCCAACCCCACCCCGGACUUCACUUUGCUAAACGGUUACUUUCGUUUUUACUUUCGGGUUGAGGGCAGCAUGAUCGACGUUCGUCUAGAGCGCCAGUUCAGCUUGCUCCAGCCCUGCUUCUGGUUACAUAAUUCACGGUCUCAAGAAAUGUACAUAGGGCUACGUUUUCAGAAUGAGCCUAUGUUGGAAUAAAAUGAUACAUUGGAUUUACACAUUUUUUUAAGGUAAGUGGUUGCAAACAAUUUAUAUGGGCUGAAUUUAAACAAAUUAAAUUUUGUAAUGUUCAACUUUAUUUGUUUGUUUAAAAUCAGCCUAUAUAAACUGUUUGCAACCACUUGCCUUAAAAAAAAUGUAGUAAAUGCAAUUAAUUGCAAUUCCUUCAUGUUGUCCCAACACAAAUAUAUUAAUUUAGCGGAAUUGUUUAUACAAAUUUAAUUAGAUUGAACAUAAAACAAUUAAGCUGUCUCCAAAAAAGCUUAAGAAUCCUGUUGUUUGAACUCAUUUUGAUUUGGUAGUUCGAACAAGUUUUUUUUGAGUGCAAGUUGCCUUACAAUUUUAAGUCAAGUCAACUUAGAUUUUUUAACAGUGUAAAUUUAGUAUUGAAUUGAACCUAUUUUGCCUGCGUUCUAGAAAUAGUGUCGAAUGUAGAAUGGGAGUGAUUGGAAAAUCGACGUUCUGUGUGAUCAUAUUGUCAUAGUUAGUUUUAGCGCUUAGUUACUAUUAUCAUUUAGCAUCAUAACAGAGAGAUCUGAAUGCACUACAACCGAAGCGAUCUGUCUACAAGCAGAUCCUCCGCUGUUUCCGAUUCACCAAAAGCUGGUGAUUUCUAUCUUUGAUCCAGGGCCCUGAGGACUAUAGGCUACACAAGCCAUUAAACUGUAUGGUACUCUCUCCUCUCAAAACUUGAAAACACUUAUAUAUCGCUCAUAUUCCUGUUUAUGUUGAGAUGACUCAAUGUUUCUUUUUAUUUUGAAUAUCUCUCUUGCUCUUUCAAUACAUGAAACCAAAAUAGGAAAAGAUUGUUUUGCAAAGCAUCUUUCUCAAGGCAUUUUUUCGGGGAUCCCUAAUGUUACACGUGAUGGUUAUUUGUGAUUGAUUUGCACUUUACACUGA